AUGUGUGAGCACGAUUGCAACUGUUGCGCGAAAUCCUCCUGUGAGGAAGUGAUUUCUCCCGAGGAAGGUCUCUUGGUGUAUUGUAAACCUGUUCGUUUUUACAGCAUUCUUCACAUACGCUCUCUAACCAACCGAUCGUUUCUUGCAAGAAACUUGAAGUAUAGAAUUAGAGCAAAGGCCGAGAACAGGUUAAGAACUACUAAGAGUAUUGUUUUCAAGUAUAAGGAUUGUAACAACGCAGUACAGAAAACUGAAGUUAGGGAUAAUUUCUCUUGUCCCUUUUGUUAUAUGCUGUGUGGUAGCUUCAAGGGCCUGCAACUUCAUUUGAAUUCAUCUCAUGAGUUCUUUGAAUUUGAAUUCGAGAUUUCAGAAGGAUCCCCGACAGUUAACAUCUCUUUCAAACUUGAGGAAGAAGGAAGUCAUGAAGGGAAAUUUGAGCCCGUGUAUUUUCGCAUGAGAGCUCGCCAGCUGAGGCAAAAAAAUCCUACAAAGAAAAAUGCCAAGCGGCUUAAAGUCUCCUUUUUGCCGAUGGAUUUGCCCAGCUUAGCAAAUGGAACCGUAACAGAGCUUGAGAUGGCUAGCAGUAGCAACCCUCCAGCAGCACCAGCUCAGUCUGCUAUGUCAACGACCGAAGCUGUGGUCCCUGCUACUGCUACUGCUACUAAGACAAGGAAGUUAUCUGCUGAGCGGUCUGAGGCUAGAAGCAACCAACUUCUCCAGAAACGCCAGUUCUACCAUUCUCACACAUUUCAGCCAAUGUCACUUGAGCAAGUAAUGUCUGGCCCAGAUAGCGAAGAUGAACUCGAUGAUGAGGUUGCCGAUUUUGAAGAUCGCCGGAUGCUUGAUGAUUUUGUGGAUGUGAGCAAAGACGAAAAGAGAUUCAUGCAUCUUUGGAACUCUUUUGUAAGAAAGCAAAGGAUUCUCGCUGAUGGUCAUGUUCCUUGGGGUUGUGAAGCAUUUACAAAAUUUCACAAGGAAGAAUUCCUCAAUUCCCCAGCACUCUCGAGGUGCUGGAGAAUAUUUCUGAUUAAGCUAUUGCAACUUGGACUUGUCGACCCGAGGACCAUGAACAACUGCAACCUCAUGCUCGAGAAUCCCUUUAACAACUCAGACGAUGAUACCAACAACAAUAACAGUGUGGAUGACAUAAACAAGAAGAAGACUGACGAGGAGGACAAAAACAAGGGAGACGAGCAACCUCCGAUAUAA